UGUGCAUCACACGAGAAUACACAUAAGGACUUUCGCGAAUCAUAGUCUUGUGGACAGCCCUGCGCAUAACCACGCAUACGUCAUGCAGACAAACACUGUGGUAACGCUCGCUAUUGUGAUUUUUGUCCAUGCAGGAUAUUGUGCUGCCGUUAAGUGUUACGACUGCAGCGUUACCAAUUGUGAGGAUCCGUUUAACAAGAGUGGUCAUACACUCACUGAUGGCUGUGCUCAGUGCAUGAAGACUAAAGCACAAACGAAUGGUGUGCAAGCCGUGGGAAGAGGGUGUCUAACUUCCAGUGUUGGUUCAAACGAAUGCCAAAAAAUGAGUGUGCAAGGCGUGGAUGCAACCGUGUGUUACUGCAGCACCGAUGGAUGCAACGGAGGCUCAUCAGUCUACGUUUCCAUGGCGACCAUCUUUUUUCCGCUGCUGGUGUUGGCGAAACAUCCUUUUUAAAUGCAAUUCAUGCUUGCAUUUGCUCGUUUAACAUCUAUAUACACAUGUAUUCACCGAUUGUGUGUGCAAAUUUCUGACAAUGACACUGACAAAGCAUGUGUUGUUUAAUCAUAACACUAUAAGCAUUCGCUUCUGUAACUACUGUUUACUCUAAUCUAUACCGAUUUUGUGUGUAAACCUUUGGCAAUGAAAUAAAGAAAAUACUACGAGGUCUUC